CGUAUGUACAGUUCUUCAAAGUCGAUCCCACUUUAUCGGACCCGCUUCAGGCUCACCCAGCAGAGCUGAGAAUUGGUCAGAUUUUUCAUUACUAAAACACUACGUACGAGGUAGGAUACCGAGUACCUUGAAGUAAACAAAUAGUUCGGUGAUUUCGAAGGUUUUUGCCUUUUUGGGGGUCUGGUGUAAACUAUCGCAUAGAAAUCGUGCAAAAGGUUCGUUUAUUUUAGCUGCUGCUGCUGCUGUAAAUGUGUGGUUAAAGGUGCACGCAGACACUCACCAAGUGCUAGUGGUGCAUUGACACACGGGUUUAAUGAAGAUGUUGUUCCGUGCGAUCCUGUGCUGUACCAUCCUGGGAGUCGCGUGCCCUCAGCGGCUUUCGUUCAUGCAUCUAAAUUCGGAUGAGAGUGGUGCCAGUGCCAAGAUCGUUCGGCCCAACGUAACCAUAUCGUCAUCUCAGCGACGCGUAUACGUUCCAAAGGGUAAGUCUUUGAAAUACGCCGAAUCGCCUAUACUCAGGCUGAGCUUCCAACCAUCGCCUAAGCUUUCUAAGGCGCUGUCGUUCUCAGACGCGCAGAAGCCCCGAAGCUCUCAGUUCUUCCAUCUGGUCCCAUCGACUCCAUCGCCUUCGGAUGCCAAACCUGUGAAGAAUGAGACAGCUUUGACGCCGAUCGAGCCCACACCGAUGCGUUCGGUACAUCGAAUCUCCAACACCACGUAUCAGAUGCCUGCCGACUUCCUCUGUGAAGGACUGGACUGCCCUAAGGGGCAACAGUGCACUCUGGCACAACCGAUCUGCACACCCCAGGACUGUUCAUUGAAACCGUCGUGCUCAAAGAAGCUUUCGGAACACUGUGAAAAAUGUCGUCCGCCAUGUGUUCAUGCUGUGCUAAACCUCAAUGCCCCUGGAGGCUGUCACCCAUGCCUCUGUGAAGUCACCGUUUUCAGACCACCAGCGCACCUUGUCAAGAAACUCGCACAGAUUACUGCAGCCACCAAAUAGGAAAGGCAGCCGGAGAAACAGAAGUGGACAAGUACUUUUGUAGGCGCAGCAUGAACGAGCAGUAACAGAGUCUGAAAAUAUAAAAACAUUAUUAGGGUGAGAAAAAAAUUUUACCUAGAAUGUCCGAGAUAACACUCAUAUUGGUGUUGUUGAGCUUAAUUGACAAUCACGAAAGAAAACUGCAUAAAAAAUACUGUGCGUUAACAACUAAGCACAUCGAAUGAGUUUAUUUGCAGUCAAGUAAGUUGCAAUUUAUGCAUACCUUUGGAAGUUACAAAACGAUGCUUUUAGUAUUAAAAGUAGUAAAAACCACUCUCGUCUAGCCAACGAGUCGACAAAAGAAGUUAUUGCGUAAGAAACUUAAUCUUUUAAGUAAGAAAUUUACCAUAUCCACUGUAUCAUGUGGUCUUUAUACAGUGUACUUGUUGUUAUGCUUUCUUCCUUGGAGAGGAAAAAUAACAGGUGCUACGAUUUGCAUCGUAUUAUUAAAACAGCAAGCUUGUCCUGAGCAGAGGAUGAAUAGGUCGCAUUGAAAACGUACGAAAAAAAAAUAAUAGGAAUCAUACUUACUCUCUAGAGCAAUUCCCUAAUUACGGUUGAGGCAAUGGCUGGGCCUUAGUAACAUUAACAAACAAAUGUACAGGUUGCAUAUGUAUGUAAUAUAUUAGAAAUAGACAAUAGCUACACCUCAUUAUUACGCCGUGUUGAUUGUAAUUACCUGAUAAUAUUACUUUUAUUCAAUACUAGAUAUAUCUAAGAUGGUAUUUGUGAAAAGCAGAAGAUGAUAUGACAUAGUCAUUCCCUUGAGCAAAGCAGACUGUGUGCGUUUGUGUGUCUAUGUGGAUUUAUAUGUAUAAAUAUUGUCGCGAAACUAUAUAUGAAUUGAAAGUUUAAAUUCUACUUUGAACUUUAUUCCUUGACGUUACUAUUAUAUUUAACUUGUAUCUAAUAUUAUUUAUCCUAGUUAUUUUAAUGAAGACGUAUUUUGACCUUAAUAGGAAGAAGGAGUCCGAAAGUUUGAAUAGAGAUAACAAUCAGACUGACAAAUAAAGCCUGCAAAUGAAAAUUCUG